GAUAUAAAACCUCGGAGAUUUAGUCAAAGCAGUACUCCUUGGAUCCAGGGACAUCUGGACACCAGCCAUUCCUCUUGGGUUCUUACUGCCUGAACACCAAGACCUUCAUCAGCUCUGUGAAGACCUGGGACAGGCCUCAGCCAUGAAGAUCCUUUACCUGCUCUUCUCCAUCUUCUUCCUGUUGAUCCAGGGUUCUGCAGCAUCCCCCAUGGACGCAAAAAGCACGAUCGGAUGCAGAUUAAGAAGGGGAUACUGCACUUUUGGCCAGUGCCGCUACCCUGCAAGACAUAUUGGAAGAUGUUCAGGAUUUCAGAAAUGCUGCAAAAAUGUCUGGGGUUGAGACCCUGAAUUCUGCAAGCAGGAUGUCCCCCUUGCUUCUGGCUGCUGGAACCAUCUCCUGAUAUACUCUCCCCUCCCUGCCUCUGCCGUCCCCAGGUGGUGUGACAUCUGUUCCUGCUGGAUGCCC